AUGAGUGAAAAUAAUGAUGGAUUGCCUUUCAAUCCAUUCAAUCCUAUAAAAACUUAUAGACUGUAUUCCUCAAGAAGUCAAACAACUCAUCAAUCUAAUAGAAAAAGUUCUCUUUAAAUGGUUAAGUAAUAGAAUGUUGAAAAUAAUCAAUAUGCUUAGAUGGGAAUACAUAAUUAUGCCUUAUUUAUAAGAAACUCAGAAAAUAAAGGUUUAAAAUCAGAUAAAAACUUUCAAGCCUAUAUAAAGAAAUUAGAGGAAAAUAGAAAAUUAUCAAAAAACUUAAUUUAAUAAACUAAAUAGUAAUAAAAGUAUGAUUCAAUAUAAUUGCAACAAAAUGAUGAAGAUAUUAAGAAAUAAAGUCAUGGUCCUUAAAUUAAAAAUACAGCAAAAGAUUAAAAAAAAGAGAAAUUUUAACAUUAGAUUACUGAAAUGAUUGCUGAAAUAAAGAGUCCUUUUUAUAAAAAAGGGAGAUAUUUAUUAAAUGAGGAUAAAGAUAAAGAAAAGAAACUUGCAAAACCAUUAUUUUUUGGAAUUCAAAAUUAAACUAAAUAAUAAUAAAGAAGAAAACUUGUUUUUUCUUAGAUUGAUAUAAAUAAAUGUAUCCUUUUACAUAUUUCUUUUUAGUAAGAUAUAAGAUCUUUUUUGAUGAUUAUAAUCCACUUUCAAGAAUAGCUACUAGCCAAUAAAGCAUAUAGAAGGAAGAAACUAUUAAUGAAUCACCCUUAAAAACAGAUUAACAAUUCUUUAUUGAAUAAUGA